GCCAACAUGGCUGCGCCCGCGGUACCUUGCGCCCGGCUGCCCCGCUGCCCCUUUCUGCUGCUGCUGGGGCUGGCGGCGGCCGCCGGGGAGGCAGCGGGCGGUGCGGACUGCGGGUGCAGCGCCAGCCGGGGCCGCGGGGACGGGCGGGAGGCGGCGGCGCGGCGGUACUCGGCGGCAGCGAGCGGCGCAACAAGCGCGGGGCGCAGGCCGAUGGUUGCUAUUCCAGGAGGAGUGUUUACGAUGGGCACUGAUGAGCCUGCAAUACAGCAAGAUGGAGAAUGGCCUGCUAGAAGAGUCCACAUUAACAGUUUCUACAUGGAUCAGUACGAGGUCAGCAAUGAGGAAUUUGAGAGAUUUGUGAAUUCUACUGGGUACGUUACUGAGGCAGAGAAAUUUGGCGAUUCCUUUGUGUUUGAGGGAAUGCUGAGUGAAGAAGUGAAGGCUGACAUCCACCAAGCAGUUGCAGCUGCUCCUUGGUGGUUGCCUGUGAAGGGAGCCAACUGGAAGCACCCAGAGGGUCCUGAUUCUAGUAUCUCCAACAGAAUGGAUCAUCCAGUUAUUCAUGUUUCCUGGAAUGAUGCUGUGGCAUUCUGCACAUGGGCAGGGAAGCGGUUACCAACUGAGGCUGAAUGGGAAUACAGCUGUCGAGGGGGCCUUGAAAAUAGACUUUUCCCAUGGGGCAACAAGCUUCAGCCAAAAGGUCAACAUUAUGCUAAUAUCUGGCAGGGAGCGUUCCCAACUAAUAACACUGCAGAAGAUGGAUACAAAGGAACUGCUCCUGUCACUGCGUUUCCUCCCAAUGGAUAUGGCUUGUACAACAUUGUAGGAAAUGCCUGGGAAUGGACAUCUGACUGGUGGGCUAUUCGUCAUUCAACAGAUGAAGUUCACAACCCUAAAGGGCCCUCAUCAGGGACUGACAGAGUGAAGAAGGGUGGAUCCUAUAUGUGCCAUAAGUCUUAUUGCUACAGGUAUCGCUGUGCAGCCCGUAGUCAAAACACUCCCGACAGCUCUGCUUCCAACCUGGGAUUCCGCUGUGCAGCAGACACCUUGCCGGAGCUACAGUGACUGUCACACCGAGACAGCAAGGGCUGAAUUUCACCCAAGGAAGAAGAGAUGUGUGGAGCGGCACUUGCUGAUGACACUACAACUUCCUGUUGAGGGAAAAAAGUCCAGCACUACUCAACGCUGCUUGAAGAACCUUUAUGUAUUUAUUUUUGGGGAACAUGGCCUGGACUUCUAUUCUCACCAAACGUUUUCUUGGUGAAUUCUAUUGGUUUUAGCACAAGGAUUCUGAAGGUAACCAGCACAAAACUGAGCAGAAAUAUGCCAGUUGUGUUUUUAAAGGUUAAUUAACAGCUAUUUAGAGAAGAUCUUUAUUCAGUAGUUUUAUUUAUGCCUAGUUCUGAAUUUCUACACUCAAAUCCAAUAAACAAGGACUUUAUAAAUUUCUAUACAGCUUUAAAGGAAAAUUGAAGGCGUGAAGAGGGAGGACUGGCAGACAGAGAGCUGUCCACAUGGGCAGUUAGUGCAGCUGUGCUGUUACAUUCCUGUUGCAGUGAAAAUCAGUCCAGAAAUGUGCUUCUUCUGGUGAGAUACUUGCUUCUCUUUAUAAAGUGCCUUCUGCAACUGAGGGAUGGUAAUCCUCAGGGUGAUGGUGAUUAGAAACGUUGUACAUAUUUGAAUAAAAUUCAUGCAUUUAUUUAUA